AUGGCGAAUUUAGUGCCGGACAGAUGGCUGGAAUACAAACCCGUUGGUGAUGUGAUCAAGGGUACCCGAAUCUUGGCAUUCAAGGUUCCGCUUAAAGACGCUAUUGUCGAGAAUCUGGAGCCGGAGCAACGAUUCACGACGGCGAAACUGCUGCAGGACUUCCCACGUCUCAAGUACAUCGUCGACCUGACAAACACAUUUCGCUACUACGACAAAAAGGAAUUUACAAAGGCUGGCGUCAAAUAUGAGAAGAUCGCUAUACCAGGAAGGAAGGUACCGCCUAUGGAUAUGAUUGAAAAAUUCUUUAAAGUGAUGGAUGAUUUCACGUCAGCGUGCGGUGAAGGUGAACUGAUCGGCGUCCACUGCACACAUGGUGUUAAUCGCACCGGUUAUUUGAUUUGCAGGUAUCUUAUUCAGCAACUCGGUUGGGAGGCUCAAGAUUCCCUGAAAGCUUUCGGGGAAGCGCGCGGUUAUCCAGUCGAACGCGAUAUUUACCUCACCGCGUUGAAGGAAGUCCAACGUGGCGAGAAGAUCGACACGAGUAAGGUCGCGCUGACGCCGACGAGUAUCAUCGAGACCCCCAGCACAAUGAGGAAGACGUUGAAGUCACGCUCGGCGCUGAGCCUGCCGAUGGGCCGUAUGGGACCGCCAGGUUACGCGAUGUCGCGCCGGAGUUCCGCAAACGGCGCACCAUACCCGCUCCAGAGAUACGGCUACCACAUGGGCCCACCGCCAGGAUUCAGGCCUAUGCCACCUCCUCCGUCAGGCUUGCCACCCAUACCGCCGCCCAUGGGCCCACCGCUCUAUGGACCCAGGCCGCUUAGAUACGGAAUGCCGAUGCGACCGACGCCACCCGGGCCGCCGGGGUUUCCGCUUCCUAGUUUUCCGCUGCGUAUGCCAGGACCAUCGAGGAUGUCGGGCCCACCGAGAUUACCACCGGCUGGUUCCUCCUCGCGGCUACCACCCCCUAAGAUGCCCCCACCGCCGCCGCCACCGCCGCUGUCGAGAACGGCCGUGAGCAAGCUGCAGGCGCAGAAGAAGAAGCAGCAGAUCAAAAACGGCAUCAUGGAGCGCACGAUUCGCAUGAGGCGGAACAACGCGGCCAGUAGCAGAGGCAUGCCUAAGAGAUACAAGGAACAGGACUUCACCGUGGACACGUUCGAGGAGAAUCUACUGACUGUUUCGAACACCAGCCGACGGCUGUCGAGAGGACGCUACAGUCAGGCCAAGUGACGACGUACUCGUUAGGUGCGCGAUAUAUUUACUUUAAGCGUUACUUUAAGCGACACUCGGUAUAUAUUCGGCGUGUUGCCGAAUUUGGUUCUCGCGAUUUCACGAGCGCACCCACGCGCCCGCACACCCCCGUUGUCGUUGUCGUUCGUGACGGACAAUGACGGUCGUACCCGUCUGGACGGCUGCCGACGAUCUUUUCAUUUCUUUUCGGACAGCGAACUCAAAUACAUAGCCCCGAUUUGUAAGACGUGAUCUGUUGUAACAGCGUCGUAUCUAUUUCGCUAUCGAUAAUUAAGCUCUUCCCCAGGAUAAAGUCCCUUUAUCCUAGAUAAAGAUAUCUCGCACGACUGGUCGAAGCUACAUUGCUCACUCCUCCCAUGAGUGAGCGCAGUUUGUUGGGUACCUCGCACGACCACCACCAUGUCUGUUGUAACCUCUUUUUUGAUUUCUUUUGUAUCAUAUACCUGUGUACACAUGCGUGCGCGCAUGACGAAAUGUACAUGUCAUCAUCUUAUGCUUAUCAAAGUCCUUCGUCAUUUUAGAAGUGCAGAAUUUCUUUCGGUCGGUCGUAGCACACACGAGAACGAUCCGAGCAGAUAUCCGUUCGGAGGCAUCGUACGACAAAAACUUCAUUUGGACGUUCAUCAAGUACAAUGGAAAUACAAACAAUACGCGUAUGAUGUAUUGUUUUAUGCCAUAUCUACAGAGAUUAAGCGUAAGCGCGUAUCUUUAACAUGGCUUCUUUGUACCAGAGAGCGUUCGCUCCAGAUUGAGGACCUUUCAUUUGAGAAAUUAAUACCCACUUUUCAGUUUAUACUGUACAAACUACAAAUUACCGCCCGUAAGUAUCAUAUUUAAGUCGAUUUAAUGACUCUCUUGGCAAAUCAAAAAGUACCCUGGAAGCGAAUAGGACAGUAAUUCUGUAUACAAUUUUAAAUAAAAACAUAUGUAUUUAACUAUGUAAGA